UGCUAGAUACUACAUUUAGCAUGUAGUUUAGCAAUCAGUGUGGGGACGACCAACUUGUGAGAUUAUGGGUAAACGUACUGAUCUACCUUCUCGGUGGUGGGGGUUGUUACCUUGCUGAUUAUUCAGCAAGAACGAACAGAUCAGGGUGGCUAGGGGAGGACCGCUCAUCCGCCUAGCUUACUUAUGAGUAAAACUGCAUCAUGAUGAAAAGCCAACACAGCACCAGGGUUUUAACCGCUGAUUAUACUAACCAGUCUAUCUCUUCCUGCGGCACGUGUCCAUGAAAACCUCCCAAGAGGAAGACCACCAAAAAGAUGGAGUGACUGCCUGAAGCAGACUGCAGCAAAAAGAACAUCAACUCUCUGGUCAGAGCUAGCAGGCAGGACACCAUGAAGCAGAUGGCACGACUCAACCCCAAGUUGGAGUUAACGCCAUAGAAACGGAUGAAGUGGUUGGUUUCCUUGGUUCGUCAUUUUUACUGGAUCCUAAAAUCACGGUUGAUCCCAGCAAGUAUGAGAUGUUUUGGACUUUUCAUGGCAGCAACGAAAGCACUGUUAUUUUGGAUCAUGUCCCAGGUCUCUUCACAAUGGAACCAAGUGAACAGUUCAAGAACCGGACACAGUUCAAUGCUACUAAUGGUGCGCUGAUGAUAUAUGGGCUAAAAGCUAGUGAUGAGGGAAAUUUCACCUUAACUGUAGAUGGCAAAGAUUUGAAAACAAUACAACUGCUUGUCAUUGCUAAAAUGAAAGAAGUGAUUGGUAUCCUUGGUUCAUCAGUUUUAUUGGAUCCUAAAAUCAAGGUUGAUCCCAACAAGAAUGAAAUUCUUUGGACAUUUGUCGCCAGUAACAAAAACCGUGACAUUAUUAUGGAUCACAUCCCAAAUAUUGCCACAAUGGAACCAAGUGACCAGUUCAAGAACCGCUUACAGUUUUUUGCUUCUUCUGGUGGACUGAGAAUAAACGGAUUAAAAGCCAGUGACCAAGGAGAUUAUAUCUUUUCUGUGGAUGGACAAGAGUUCAGAGUAAUGCAAUUACUUCUCAAUGAUAAAAUAAAAGAAGUAAUUGGUGUCCUUGGUUCAUCAGUUUUAUUGGAUCCUGAACUCAAAGUUGAUCCCAGUAAGAAUUAUAUCAGUUGGACCUUCUAUGGCGACUAUAUUUUAAGUCACAUCCCGGGUCACAAAACAAUGGAACCAACUGACCAGUUCAAGUCCCGUUUGAAGUUUAAUCCUUCCAUGGGCACUCUGAUGAUAAAUUAAUUACAACAUGGUGACGACGGAAAUUACACAUUUCUUAUAAAUGACGAAGAGAUAAAAAUAUUACGAC